GGCUAUAUGGCUCCUGAAUAUGCAAUGCAAGGGAGGUCUUCGGAGAAAUCAGAUGUAUUCAGUUUUGGAGUGUUGUUAAUAGAGAUUGUAAGUGGGAAAAGAAACACUAGUUUUUAUGACAACGAACAAGCACUCAGCCUUUUGGGAUUGGCAUGGAGGUUGUGGAAUGAAGACAAAAUUUUGACUCUUAUCGACCCAAGAAUUUCUUAUCAAGGCUUUGGAAAUGAAAUCUUGAGAUGCUUACAUGUUGGUUUGUUAUGUGUGCAAGAAUUUGCUGCUGAUAGACCGACCAUUUCAAAGGUUCUUUCAAUGCUAGGUAGUGAAACUGCAGUGCUUCCCUCACCAAAUCAACCUGCAUUUAUUGAGAGAUAUACCUCUUAUUGGACUGAUUCUCCUCACCAAUGCCAUCAAGGAUGUUCUGUGAAUGAUGUCACUCUUACAGUUGUUAAAGGCCGAUAA